AUGCCGAAAGGUGUACGGGAAGUGGAUUAUACGGAUCGGAACGAACCAAUAUCCUUCCCACUACUAAUGCUUACCGACGUGCACGUGCAACGCCCUUCGUGCAGUGUCACAUGUGCACCACCUGCUAUGACAGAAAGCCAUUUCGUCCAUCCACUGUGCCCAUUGUCUCCACACGUUCGACACUCUCUCGUCGACGCCAAAAGUUCCACAGAGCUCUGUGAAGCACUUAUUCACGUCGUACUCGGGUGGUUCUCCUUUUACCAAGCCGGAUACUUGCAUCGAGAUAUCAGCAUCAGGACCGUGUUUCUCUGUCCGAGUCCUGUUGAACAGCGCGCCUUUGAGAUCUCUGCAGACUUCCAUCAGACCGCCACGAAAUCGGUUGAAGAUUUGACGCUGCUCCUCAAAGGAGUUUCAGUCGAUGAAUGCUCCUAUCAGUUGAACGACAUCGAGGAGAAGAUUAUGCGGGUCGAGCAACUCGUGCAAGAGCUGGGCGUGACGACCACUUGCAGCGCCUUCAUUAUCGACAGCGAUAUGGCUAUUCCUUGGGAGACCUGUUUGGACUCUGGGCGUGACAAUCAAGAAAUAUUAGGUAACCCAGAAUUCGUGUCCUCGAAGCUCGCCCAGUCCAUAGAGCGCAAUUCCGAUUAUCUCCAGUCCCCUGUUGACGAUCUCUUCUCUGUGUAUUGGGUGGCGUUGUGGGCAAUCCUCAACAACAUCCCUACUUCUAGGAGGUCUGACGACGAGCUCUGGUGGAGAAAGAAGAUCGCAGAGGGGCGUCGGUUUAGGGAUGAUGCUUCCGUGGACAUCUGCAGACUUUCCCCGAGGGAAUGGAAAUCACAGAGUCCUAUUGUGCAGCAGUGGUCGCCGGUUCUGGAUUCUUGGUUUCAGUCCCUUGACAGGUUGGACAAGGACUGGAGACGCGCGGCAGAUCCCCCAGAUGAUGUGAAGGUUGAGAAUUCCCGAGACUUCUACCUUCCUCUUUUCCACUACUUCGCCCUUCGCGGCGUUGCUGACUUUUUGGAGGUGAUCAAGUCCCACUAUACCCAGCUUUGUAAUUACCUACCUUUCGCGUAA